AUGGGAUUAGAAUCGCCAUAUACUGGAGACAUCAUUAUUUUUUAUUUUUCACUUUCGACAUUUUUCCACUUUAAUAUAAAAAUAUUUGAUGUUGUUAGUACACCAGAUUUAGCUACAUUAGAUGAAGUUUGUGAACCAUAUGCAAAAUAUUAUAUUCAUAAAUUACCCCCAAGACAAAAACAAAAUUAUAAAAAAUUAGUUGGUUAUAAAUAUGAAACUGGAUCUCGAACACUAGUAUAUGGUGUAUCACUACAAGGUAUUGCAUUACUUGAUCAACUUUUAUCAUUUGAUCAUCGUACACGACUAACAGCAGAAGAAGCUUUAGGCAAGAAUAUUUAUAUCAAAGCAUUUUAUAUUAAUAAUAAAUGA